UCGCGCUAGUCGUAUUAUAUACUCCAAUAAAAAUGGUGGUUACAAGUAAUUUUAUUCUAAUUCACCAAAUAGUUUAGCCUUAAAAAAUAAUUAUACCAAGUAUUGUAUUAAUUAACCAAUUAGUAUCAAAGUACUAAACAAACAAAAAUGGCACUGUGUGUAAGAGCAAUUCCAAAUAAAAUACUGUCUUUUGUUGGAACAAAAAGUCAAACGCAGCUCGAUCGCCGGCUGGCAAGACUCAUUGGCACAUCUCAAUUCUUACAUGAGGCUCAGUGCGUAUCUAGGAAAAGUUCUCCCGAAUUAAUAAUACCUUCAGCGUACAAUGCAAGAGAAUAUCUGAAUAAUUUUAAAAAAAGUACCAACGAAAUAAAAUUGUAUGCAGUUGCUUCACAGUUACCAAAAAAAUCAGUUGAUUUGCCGAAGCAGGAUGAAUUUUCAGGAGAAAAUCCUGAUCAGAGUAGUAAUCAUGGGCAGCCGACUUCAGAAGCGUUGUUAAAAGUCUAUAAAACUCUCCAAACUGAUCUCCCGAGAUUUUUUGUCACAAUAAUGGAUUACCGGAUUUAUUCACGAGACAUUGAAUUUAUAAAUCAUAUUAAAGGCACUGCUACAAAAGGCCUUAAUAAUUAUAUGAGACAAAUAUUAUUUUUGAGAGUGGGUGGACAUUUAACGUAUGCGUACAUAAAACUUGAAGUAUUAAAAAUUACAAUGCACUCUGAAGACAGUACUAUUAGAGUCAGAUGGAGAAUUAGAGGCCUUUCAACUUAUAAAGCGUUUUUCAAUUUUUGGAAAUUUAAGUGGUUGAAGUCUAUUGGUGGUAUCAAAUCUCUAGAAUCGUGGUAUGAUGGAUACUCUGUAUUUUUUGUCAACGCCCAGGGUCAAGUAUACAGACACGUAGCUGAUAAGAUGAUGCCCGAUGAAGAAAUGAUCCAAGACAAAGGAAAGCCAGACAUCGCGGCUAAAUUGGCUGCCUGAUUCGGGCUCACAUGAGAUUUAAACAUCUUGUUGUUUUUCAACAAUUAAUUUUGAAUCUUACAUUACAUUCACCUAGCACUUGAAUUUACAUUAUUUCUUCUCAGUAUCAAAUCAGUAAAUUCAAAUUACUAUAAUUUUUUUUAUCAAAUAAUUUCGAACUUA